CAACGAAACACACACCGCCUCGCCCCGCGACGCCCCUCGCUACCCUCCAUCCCCACCCCGAGCCACGGCAAUUAGGUCCCUCCGACGACGGCGAGAGAGCGAUGUCUAUAAAUAUAGCGCAACGGUGCGAUCGAAAAACACUAACUGAUCGUCGUCAGGACUCGACGGACGGACGAAUUUCGAGCUGAAUCUUAAAAUCAAAACAAGUUAACGAAACAAUGACCGGCCGCGGUAAAGGUGGAAAGGGUCUGGGAAAAGGAGGCGCGAAGAGACACAGGAAGGUUCUCCGUGAUAACAUCCAAGGUAUCACGAAGCCCGCCAUCCGUCGUCUGGCGCGCAGAGGAGGAGUGAAACGUAUCUCCGGUCUGAUAUACGAAGAGACCCGCGGCGUGCUCAAAGUGUUCCUCGAGAACGUCAUCCGUGACGCCGUCACCUACACCGAGCACGCCAAGAGGAAGACCGUGACCGCUAUGGACGUCGUUUACGCCCUCAAACGUCAGGGUCGCACCCUCUACGGUUUCGGCGGUUAGACUAACGACUAAAUACUAUUAUUCGUAUUUCUUGUUACUUGAAAUACGAAUGAUUUCAAUAAAAAAAAGGCCCUUUUCAGGGCCGCACAUGAUUCCUUCACACACGCUCGAUUGAACGUUAGCGAACGUUUCUAACGAUCUAAGACGUCUCUUUUUAUCACAUAUCAUUACCAAAA